UCAUAUUACACUGUCUUUGCAAAUGGGUUCUUAGGGCUCACGUAGAUAGAUGUUGUUGUUUAAGAGCUGAAAAACAUUGCAGAAAUAUGGUUUGCUAUUUUUUUGAAUGAUUGUGUCUUCUUCAUCUAGUUAAGUCAUGUUUGUCAAUAUCUGUGUGAAUCUCACUUUCCCUUUGUAAAACAAAACAAAGAUCGAUGAUUUGAUUUCUUUAGAGUGAAAAGGAAAGGAUUGAAAUUUUUGGAUUUUUGUUGUAAAAAAUUGUGGAAAACAGGAUGGCUAAGUUCUUUGGUUGCAUCCAAGUUGGAGAAUACACACGUGCAAUCAGUGAAAAGAGAGGCAAAUUCCAUAAGGAACUCAAACCUGGAUGCCACUGUCUUCCGUGGUUUUGUGGUUACCGAAUCGUUGGUCGUGUCUCAAUGAAAAUCCAAUACCUUGUGGUUAGGUGUGACUGCAAAACAAAGGAUGAUGUAUUUGUCACUGUUGUGGCUUCGAUUCACUAUGGAGUUUUGGAUGUCCCUGAUAAGAACAAUGGAAAGAAGGCAUUUUAUGCCCACAGUGAUCCAAAGAGCUUAAUUGAGGCUCAUUCGUUUAGUGCUGUCAAAACCGCUAUCUCCAGUUACACUUUUGAUCAACUCUUUGUGAAGAAAGACGACUUGGCUGUUACUGUUAAUGAGAAGCUAACUGAGAACAUCUCGGCUGAUUACGGAUUUGGCAACUUCAAAACGCUCGUUCUCGAUAUUGCUCCAGAUGAGUACGCCAAACGAAUCAUCAGAUUGACAAACGCAGCUCCCAAGAUGGCAGUGGCAUUGACCGGAGCAACGUUUCCAAAGUAGGAUCAAAUCACCCAAAAAAGAAAGAAUCGAAUUUUGCGUUAACUACAAAACUUUUUCUUUGUCGGCAAUGGUUUUUGAUAUUUCAUCUUAUGUCA